UGUCGGCGCGAACAGUACCGUUAUCGUCGUCGCUUACUGGCUCGUCUUCGCUCAGUCGGCGAAGCAGCGCGUCGGUGGACCCGAUUAGUCGAGCUACCUGUUACUUCCGGCCUUCGAGUUUCCGACUCCCAGCCAGAGGCCCCAAACAUUGCGACUUUGACUGGAAUUCGGUCCCGGUUUCUGAUACGUAGCAAGCAAGUGAGGUCUAAGUUGGCCUCGUGCAACGUCUUGGUCUGA